CUACUAACUAUAGUAUUGCAUUGUGGUUUUAAUUUCCACUUCCUUGAUGACUAAUGAUGUUCAGUCUACUCAUUCUUUGAAAUCUCUGCUUGGUUUUCAUUUGUUCCAAGAAGUAAUCGCUCCUUCUACAGACUAAGUUCCUGUCCUCCUUUGUAGUUUCAUGACAACCAAUAUUUAUCUCCACCUUGAACUUAACCCACUAAAGUACAGUUGUUUUACUGUUACCUCCACACCCACCGCCCUCAUCACAAACACACACAUACAAGACUGUACACUUCCUGAAGGCAGAAGCAGCAUCAUACUUCUUUGGUAUCUUCAGCUAUCAGCACAGACCUGAAACACAAUCUUUACACAAUAAAUAUGAUGAGUGAAUGAACAGUUGCUUAACAAAUUAAAGAAUGGAUGAAGGUAGGUAGUUAGGUACAAGGUUUUGCAGACAGGCCUGGCUGUGUCAAUUAAACCUUUCUCCAUGGGUCCUCACACUUAGUAAGCUCACUUUUAAAAGGACAAUGCUGAAGACCCAAAUGUUUACAACGACCACAGCGAUGACGUGAUCCGAGAGAAAGGCAAGGCGGAAGGGGUGGGGCCGGAAGCAGAAGUGCCGCAGGGAGUUAGCGGCGUCUCAGUUGCCAUGGAGACCAGGAGCUCCAAAACGCGGAGGUCUUUAGCGUCCCGGACCAACGAGUGCCAGGGCACAAUGUGGGCGCCAACUUCGCCACCAGCCGGGUCCAGCAGCCCCAGCCAGCCCACCUGGAAGUCCUCCUUGUAUUCCUCCCUCGCCUACUCUGAGGGCUUCCACUACAGCUUCGCAGCCCGGCCCCGCCGCCUCACGCAGCUUGCGCUGGCGCCGCGUUCCGAGCCUCAGCGGCUUCGUCUGCGCCCCUCCUCGCUGCGCACCCAAGAUAUCUCGCACUUGCUCACCGGCGUCUUCCGCAACUUGUACUCUGCCGAGGUCAUCGGCGACGAAGUGAGCGCAAGCUUGAUCAAGGCCCGCGGCAGCGAGAAUGAGCGCCACGAGGAGUUCGUGGACCAGCUGCAGCAGAUUCGGGAGCUCUAUAAGCAGCGGCUGGAUGAGUUUGAAAUGUUGGAGAGGCAUAUCACUCAGGCCCAAGCACGGGCUAUUGCGGAAAACGAGCGGGUCAUGAGCCAGGCUGGAGUACAGGACCUUGAGAGCCUUGUCAGGUUGCCUCCAGUGAAGAGUGUCUUCAGAUGGUGUAUAGACAACGAGUUGCUACGGAAACAUCAUUUGAUCUCCCCAGAAGAUUACUACACCGAUACAGUGCCGUUUCACUCUGCACCUAAAGGCAUCUCCCUACCUGGAUGUUCAAAACUGACAUUUAGCUGUGAGAAGCGUUCCGUCCAGAAGAAAGAGCUGAACAGGAAGCUUGAAGAUUCAUGCAGGAAGAAGCUUGCUGAGUUCGAAGAUGAGUUAGACCACACUGUGGACAGCCUGACAUGGAAUUUAACUCCUAAGGCCAAAGAAAGGACCAGAGAACCUCUCAAGAAAGCAAGUCAACCAAGGAAUAAAAACUGGAUGAACCACUUACGUGUGCCACAAAGAGAACUAGACAGACUUCUGCUUGCCAGAAUGGAGAGUCGGAACCACUUCCUAAAAAAUCCCCGUUUUUUCCCUCCUAACACUCCAUAUGGAGGCAAGUCUCUUGUUUUUCCUCCAAAGAAGCCAGCACUGAUAGGAGAAUUCCAGAGUGCAGAGCCAGAACAGAGUUGUGCUGAUACUCCAGUGUUUCUAGCUAAGCCACCAAUUGGGUUUUUCACAGAUUAUGAAAUUGGUCCAGUUUAUGAGAUGGUAAUUGCGCUGCAGAACACCACCACGACCAGCCGCUACCUGCGAGUCCUCCCGCCUUCCACGCCAUACUUUGCUCUAGGACUGGGGAUGUUCCCAGGAAAAGGUGGAAUGGUGGCUCCUGGAAUGACCUGCCAGUACAUUGUCCAGUUUUUUCCCGACUGCCUUGGGGAUUUUGAUGAUUUUAUUUUAGUGGAGACCCAGUCAGCCCACACACUUCUGAUCCCCCUGCAGGCCCGGAGGCCGCCCCCCGUGCUGACAUUGUCACCGGUGUUGGACUGUGGUUACUGCCUCAUUGGGGGAGUCAAGAUGACCAGAUUCAUCUGCAAAAAUGUGGGUUUCAGUGUUGGCAGGUUCUGCAUUAUGCCCAAAACAAGCUGGCCACCACUAAGUUUCAAGGCCAUUGCAACCGUCGGCUUUGUUGAACAACCUCCUUUUGGAAUCCUGCCUUCGGUGUUUGAGCUGGCCCCGGGACAUGCUAUAUUAGUGGAGGUCUUGUUUUCCCCAAAGAGCCCAGGAAAGGCAGAGCAGACCUUCAUCAUCAUGUGCGACAACUGCCAGAUAAAGGAGCUGGUGACCAUAGGAAUUGGGCAGCUGAUUGCUUUGGAUCUGAUCUAUAUUUCUGGUGAAAAAAGCCAACCAGACCCUGGAGAGCUCACAGACUUAACAGCCCAGUACUUCAUACGAUUUGAGCCUGAAAACCUUCGGUCCACGGCUAGGAAGCAGCUGAUUAUUAGAAAUGCUACGCACGUGGAGCUGGCCUUCUACUGGCAGAUCAUGAAGCCCAACCUGCAGCCCCUCAUGCCUGGAGAAACCUUCAGCAUGGACAGCAUCAAGUGCCACCCUGACAAGGAGACCGCCUUCUCCAUCAUGCCCAGAAAGGGGGUUCUCAGCCCCCACACAGACCACGAGUUCAUCCUGAGCUUUUCUCCUCAUGAGCUGAGGGAUUUUCACAGUGUGCUCCAGAUGGUGCUAGAGGAAGUCCCAGAGCCUGUAAGUUCAGAAGCAGAGAGCCUGGGGCACUCCUCCUACUCUGUGGAUGAUGUAAUCGUCCUGGAAAUUGAGGUGAAAGGCUCAGUAGAACCUUUCCAGGUUCUCUUAGAGCCAUAUGCCCUCAUCAUCCCAGGGGAGAACUACAUUGGGAUAAAUGUGAAGAAGGCUUUUAAGAUGUGGAACAACAGCAAGUCACCCAUCAGAUACCUGUGGGGGAAGAUCAGCGACUGCCACAUCAUUGAAGUGGAGCCCGGCACGGGGGUCAUAGAGCCCAGUGAGGUUGGGGAUUUUGAGUUGAACUUUACUGGGGGUGUCCCUGGCCCCACAAGCCAGGACCUGCUGUGUGAAAUUGAAGACUCGCCCUCGCCAGUGGUGUUACACAUUGAGGCAGUCUUUAAGGGUCCUGCCCUCAUCAUCAACGUCUCAGCCCUUCAGUUUGGUCUGCUCCGCCUGGGGCAGAAAGCCACAAACUCCAUCCAGAUACGGAACGUCAGCCAGCUCCCAGCCACAUGGCUCAUGAAGGAGAGCCCAGUCUGCCUCCAAGAAAGGCCUGAGGAUGUGUCUCCCUUCGACAUUGAGCCUUCGAGUGGCCAGCUUCACUCUCUGGGGGAGUGCAGGGUGGACAUCACCUUGGAGGCCCUGUGCUGCCAGCAUCUGGAGACCGUCCUGGAGCUGGAGGUGGAAAAUGGGGCCUGGAGCUACCUUCCUGUGUAUGCUGAGGUACAGAAGCCCCAUGUGUACCUACAGAGCAGCCAGGUGGAGGUUAGAAAUCUCUACCUGGGUGUGCCCACGAAGACAACCAUCACACUUAUCAAUGGCACGCUCCUGCCCACCCAGUUCCACUGGGGCAAGCUCCUGGGGCACCAGGCAGAUUUCUGCAUGGUGACAGUCUCCCCGAGACAUGGCCUGCUGGGCCCGAGCGAGGAGUGCCAGCUCAAGUUGGAGUUGACUGCUCAUACUCAGGCCAUUCUCUGUGGCCGCAGGUGGGCCCAGCUUUCCGAUUUGCCCAGACAUCCAGAGCAGAGCUGUUGCUCACAGCAGGCACUGUGCCAGGAAGAGCUGACCCAUCUGGCCCUCCCUUGUCACGUGUCAGGCAUGAAGAAGCCACUGGUUCUAGGCAUUUCUGGGAAGCCCCAGGGACUGCAAGUGGCCAUUGCCAUCUCUAAGGAGAGCUCUGAUUGCAGUGUUUUCAGCACAGAGCAGUGGCCAGGCCACCCAAAGGAGCUCCGCCUGGACUUCGGCUCAAUGGUGCCACUGAGGACCCGUGUGAAUCGCCAGCUUAUUCUCACCAAUCGCUCCCCAGUACAGACCCCUUUCUCCCUCAAGUUUGAGUACUUCGGGAGCCCCCAAAACAGCCUGAGCAAAAAGACCAGCCUUCCCGACAUGGCUCCUGCCCUGCUAAAGACAGUGCGGAUGCAAGAGCACCUGGCCAAGCGAGAGCAGCUGGAUUUUAUGGAGAGCAUGCUAUCCCACGGGAAAGGAGCUGCUUUCUUCCCUCACAUUUCCCAGGGCAUGCUGGGGCCCUACCAGCAGCUGUGCAUUGACAUCACAGGCUGUGCCAACAUGUGGGGCGAGUACUGGGACAACCUCAUCUGCACGGUGGGAGACCUGCCGCCGGAAGUCAUCCCAGUGCACAUGGCAGUGGUGGGCUGCCCUAUCAGCUCCCUGAGGACCACCUCCUACACUACUGACCAGGGCCAGAAGGAACCAGCCAUCAGGUUCGGCACCCAGGUCUCCGGAGGAGACACAGUUACCCGAACCCUUCGCCUGAAUAACUCCAGCCCCUGUGACAUCCGCCUGGAUUGGGAGACCUAUGUUCCAGAAGACAAGGAAGACCGGCUGGUGGAGCUGCUGGUGUUUUACGGGCCACCUUUCCCGCUGCGGGACCAAGCCGGGAAUGAGCUUGUGUGCCCUGAUACCCCUGAGGGUGCCUGCCUCCUCUGGUCCCCAAGCCCCUCCAGUUCAUCAGAAUUCAGCCAUGAAACUGACUCAUCAGUUGAGGGCAGCUCCAGUGCCAGCAAUAGGGUGGCACAGAAGCUCAUCUCAGUCAUCCUGCAGGCACAUGAGGGGGUGCCCUCCAGCCACCUGUACUGUAUCAGCCCCAAGCAGGUGGUGGUCCCUGCUGGGGGCAGCAGCACCAUCUACAUCUCCUUCACCCCCAUGGUGCUCGGCCCUGAGAUCCUGCACAAGGUGGAGUGUACUGGCUACGCCCUGGGUUUCAUGAGCUUGGACAGCAAGGUGGAAAGGGAGAUUCCAGGGAAGAGGCAUCGCCUGCAGGACUUUGCGGUGGGACCCCUGAAACUGGACCUGCAUAGCUACGUGAGGCCUGCACAGCUAAGUGUGGAGCUGGACUACGGCGGCAGUAUGGAAUUCCAGUGCCAGGCCAGUGACCUCAUUCCCGAGCAGCCCUGCUCUGGGGUGCUGAGUGAGCUGGUGACCACCCACCACCUGAAGCUGACCAACACUACAGAGAUCCCACACUACUUCCGGCUCAUGGUCUCCAGGCCCUUCUCCGUUUCUCAAGACGGGGCGAGCCGGGACCACAGAGCUCCUGGCCCUGGUCAGAAGCAGGAGUGUGAGGAGGAGACAGCCUCAGCGGACAAGCAGCUGGUGCUCCAAGCACAGGAGAACAUGCUGGUGAACGUGUCCUUCUCACUCUCCCUGGAGCUGCUCUCCUAUCAGAAGCUCCGGGCCGACCAGACACUGCCUGGGGUGGACAUUCAGCAGAGUGCGAGUGGAGAGAAAGAGAUGGUGUUUACUCGGAACCUGCUCCUGGAGUACACCAACCAGACCACUCAGGUGGUGCCCCUGCGGGCUGUGGUGGCCGUGCCUGAGCUGCAGCUCUCCACCAGCUGGGUGGACUUUGGGACCUGCUUUGUGAGCCAGCAGCGAGUCCGAGAGGUCUACCUGAUGAACCUGAGCGGCUGCCGAAGCUACUGGACUAUGCUGAUGGUGCUGAGGAAGACCAGAGGCCAGCAGGAGCCAGCCAAGACCACUGUGGCCUUCGGGGUCUCCCCAAACAGUGGGCUGCUAGAAGCACGAUCCGCCAAUGCACCCCCAACCUCCAUCGCCUUGCAGGUUUUCUUCACUGCCAGGAGUAGUGAGCUGUACGAGUCCACGAUGGUGGUGGAAGGUGUGCUUGGUGAGAAGUCCUGCACCCUGCGGCUCCGGGGCCAAGGCUCCUAUGAUGAGAGAUACAUGUUGCCUCACCAGCCCUGAGGCUCCGCCCCAGCCCUCAGCCCCAGGCCCCAGCUGGAGAAAAAACAUUGCCCAGGGAUUAGGAGCAGAUCUUCAGCACAAAGACACAGACUUGGGGACCUGGGGACCUCUGGGCAGCUCCUGGAAUGGAAGAACCCCCUUCCACAAUGGCCUCAGCCUAGGCCCUCAUGAUAUGUCCUCAGAGCUAACAUAAAGGACAGGCCACACCACAGUAGAGACCACCGCAUUGAGAUCACUACUCAUUGUGUAGCGAAGACCAGUAUGGCGAAAUUAGUCUUGGAAAAAAACCACGGCCACUAAGAUAAAUUCAUGCACUUUUACUAUGCCCAUUGCACUUCUCAUCCAUGGAUUCACCUUGCCUUAAGAAUUAACCAUGGCCUUGUGGCCUGGGUGACCCAGGCUGCUUUUGUCUUGCACAGCUAAAGAGGGUCCGAUGGGUGGCUCAACACCCCACCCACUC